AGGGGUCAGACAGAAAAAAGACUCUCAGUCCUGCGAGAGCGAGAGAGAGGGGCGUGGGAUUCGUUUCGCCAUUUUGGAGAAAGAAAGAACAUGAACAUCACGUCUCAAGAUAGUGUUAUGGGAUGCAGUUUCGAAGCGGAAUCGCUGCCAGAUUUCGAUGAAUUCGAUUCGUACUCCGUCGUGGAAGGCUACCAGCAGGAGUCCUACUGAGACAACGCUGUUUUUAACCACGGGAGAGAAGCUUAUUGAGAAAUUUGAGCAGGUCUAGACGACCCUCUGCUUUCAACAUGGCAGCCCCCAUGACGACGAUAGAGACGGUGACCAUCACGCGCCCGCUCAAGGUGAUCGCCUUCAUCUGCGGUCUCAUCGUGAUCGCCCUCAUGCUGAUGGCGCUGGCGUCCACGGACUGGCUCAUGUCGGCCGGCUGGCGGCAGGGGCUGUUCGUUCACUGCAUCGCCGAGCACGCCCCCACGCCGCUGCCCUUCAACAUCCCCGACCCCCCGGACUGCUACCAGGCGCGACCUGUUGCCUACAUCCGAGUGGCGGCCGCGCUGUGCGUCCUCACCCUGGUGACGGACCUCAUCGCGACGCUGCUGACUGGACUCGGGCUGCGCUCCAACGACCACAGAACCAAGUACAAGUACUACCGGGUGGCCGUCUACAUCAUGAUUCUGUCACUGGUGUCCAUUUUAGUGGCUUUGGUGGUUUACCCUGUGUGCUUUGCGGCCGAACUCAACCAGGGAAAUCGCACAGUAUGGGAGUUUGGAUGGGCAUAUGGUGUUGGAUGGGGAGCUGCCAUAUUCCUCUUUGGUGGAGUUGUUCUGCUGCUAUGUGAUAAAGAAUCGGAAGAAAUUUACUACAAGGAGCGCAAGAUUGUGCACCGGGACGUGGAAGGCUCUGGAGGAAGGGCCUAGUGUAUCGCAUCAACACGCCCCUUGCCCCUGCCUGAUCUUGUGCUAUGAUGUGACCUCCCACUUUCGUGUCGGCCUUGUUCCCAUUAGGCCUUGUCGUGUCUUAGUACUAUCUGGCAGAUUACGGCUAUAGAAAGAGUCGAGAAUGGCAAGAGACCCACAGCUUCCCUUUUUGUUAAGUUAAGAAAUGUCAAUGUUACGAACCUAUUCUCACAGGCUCAGAGGAAGGUAAACUCUGAUGUUUGGUUAUUCCUUGAGCCUAAUCUUCAGUUACCACUCAAGAGUUUAUCUACCUACACUAUCAAUAACUCAACAAAGUGAUCCAAAUUAGUGCCAGCAUUGUGUUCAAAGUAAUUUAGGUAGCUACUGUGUGUCCUCAUUCAUUAGAGCCUGUCUUGACAUUGAUUGUUGUUUAUCUGACACUUCUUACUGAGCCUAUUACUUGUCAAUUCUGAGUUAAAACUAUGUAGCUCAACUUUGGAGCAUUGCUCAUCCCCACUUAAUAUUUGAGACUGAAGCUGUUAGAAUCAAACACUUACCUAGCUAUAAAGGAAAGGAGUCAUCCUCUCACUGUAGACAAAUGUGAUAUCUCUAAAUGUAUUAUAAGUUAUUUUAUGUUGUUACUAAAUUUGUUAAGAUGAACAAGGGAAAAAAAUCAACAAGAUCAAUUAACUCUUUUUAUAGUCACCUUAAAAAGAAAUUUCCCGCCAAUAUUGUAAAAUUUUUAUUGCUUGUACAUAUAGCUGUACAAUGGUAAUUUUAGAUAGGGUGAGAGGCUGAUUACUUUCCUUCUGUGGGUCUCUGCAGACUGUUUCUGUAGCAAAAUUUGGUGAUCACAAAGAAUUGCCAUGUGCCACUCUUUAACAUGCCGUACGUCCUGGGUCAAUUGUCAACAGUGUGUGUAUGAUAAUUGAAUAGAAUGUGAUUCAGAACAUCUUAAAAUUUUACACCCUUAUGAUGCUCUGACCAUGACUCAGGUAUAUGGUUGAGGUGUGGAUUGAGUGGGGCAAAAUAUUGGCGACAUUUUAAAGAAAGCGGGGAGGCGCGGAGCCGGCAGCGGCAGAGGCGUGUUGAGAACUCUCGCUGGAAGCAGCAAACAAACGGACAAUGAAAUUAAAAAUUUCAACCUAUUUAUUAGUGACCAUGGUGUACAAAGAAUGAACUGCAUCAGAGUAAGUAUCUCUGACUAAAAACCUUCUUGCAAGUGAAGUCAAGAAAGUGUGUAGAUUAUAUAGUGUAAAAUAAGAUUGAUAUAUUUUAACAUUUUUGGUAGUUUUUAACAAAUUUAAGGGUUUUGACUGAUGGGUGCUGUGUGAGACAUGCUGUGGCUCUUUUAGUAUGUGUAUCCAGUACGUAUAACCUGUUUGUAUAUCAAUUUCUGUGAGUUAUGAUGAAACCCCAUGUCUGCAAAUCUGAUCAAUAAGCAACUCAGAGUGUGGCCCAUAGACACUGAUGAGAUUUGUGAAAGUCAAUUACAUGUUUCAAGUUAAGCCACAACAUUUGCCUAUUGACUAUCCAAUGUAAGCUUGUAAGCUCCAUCCACUUCCAGUAUAUGUAAUGUUGGCUUGAUAUUUGAUAUACUAACCUUGCAUCUGCUUCCAGCACAGCUCCCAUCAAUUAAUGAAAUGUAAUGAACCGUUGUAAAUAAAGGCCCUAAUUGUGGCACCCAAUCUGGAAAUGGUGGUGUCAUUGUGCAUUGUUACUAUUAACUUUUUAUACUCAACAAAACUGUGCAUAUCAAACGACUGUUGUUAUGCUUGCCUUAUUUUAGAGCAGGAAUCAUGAAAUGUAUUUUAUUCAAUCAUCUCAGAAAAUGCACAUAUCUCCUCUGAUAUUGCAAUAAAUAUAUACAGAUUGGCAUAUUAAUUUUACCAUUGUAACUCAGCACAAUGAGAGGCAUGCAGCAACACUCUUAAUAAACAGCAAGGACAAUUUCUUUUAGUGACUUAAGAAAUUAAUUAUACCUUUUGAUUAACUAGAGAAAUCAUUUGGUUGUGUUGUUGCAUGUAUCCCAUUGACCGGAGCUAUCAUGUUCUUCAGGUUUUCCUAUGAAUACAUUUGUGAUAUAAAGUUAGUAUUCUAUAGAACGAGUUCUGGGUAAGCUAUGUGAUUCAUUCACUACUGAAUAAAGUGUAGUGUUGCAAUUUUAAAAUGUUUUCCUUGAAGAUAUAAACCAAAAAAUCUGUUAAUUGUUUUACUCGUUCUUUCUCAGCUGCCGGUCAGCUGGCAAGCUCCGCCUUUUUUUUUCUUCUAUGACAAGACUUGACCUAGUUUGAAGCGAUAAGCUGCUGUUUUGGAAAUGGUACUGAGCGUGAACAAACUACUAUAUUCCUAUUUUUAAGUUGGCAAAAAAUAGCUCAAAAGCACUCAAUUCAUUUUGCUAAGCUUUCUGAAGUGAUAACAAACUACAGCACUUUUCGUAUGGACCAUAAUCCUUUGUCUUUAAACUUUUCCUUUGUGGGUGGUGUUUCAGAGUUCCAUUACCUUAAAUAUCUCAUAGCUGGUUCUUUUUCUGUUUGGAAAUUCCUGAUGUUUUUAUCGUCUUGAUCAAAUUUAACCAACUGAAUAUCAGGUGUGUGUGUUCUCCAGCUCUAUUGAAAGAAUCACCCUUAGUGAUCUGAAUUUUGGAAAGACUGAAGGUUUUGGUAUGUGUUAACUGUAAAAGCAUGAAUUUAAGGAAGAAGAAAAAAAUUUCCCCUUAUGUUAAGCAAAUUUAAGGUAAUUUUAUUCUUCUCACCACUCUCUUUCAAACGACAAAAUUUCAAUAGAUUACAAUAUCAAAUGAUGAGCUUUUGGAUUGUUACCAACUAAAGGAGUGUAGAGUCAGGUAUAAUUUAUUAUAUGAAUAGCUCCCACUAAGGUGUUAACCAAAUAUGUUUCAAUAUGUGGCUCUAGAUACUUCCUUAUAGAUUAUUUAUUUGAAACUUCUUGAGUAACAACUGUUCCAUUCUUUUCUGAAUCAGUUUUGAUGUAUGUACUUUUGCCUUGAUUGACUACUCUCGCCGUGUUAACAAGUUUUGUUGUUCAGUUUACAGUUUUAGCAGGUGUUUCUAUCCAUCACAACAAUGAAAAAUCUAUGAUAGCGUUGAUUAUAACAUUAUUGGUGACAGAUGGCUAGCAAUUUCUUCUUUGUUGAUCAAGUUCGCUCAAAAAUAUGAUUUAAAUUGAUUACCAUUGUAUUUUUCUAUCCCCAUUGGUUUUGGAAAUGGAACUUGGGAGAUCAUUUCUUUGUUGUACUGUUUCUUUGGGAACGAACCAUGCUAAUAAUAGAUGCAUAUUUUGUCUUGUAUAUUUUAGGGUGUUAUUCGCAGAUUGAUCUUUAUUAUUACCGUUAUCAUGUUUCACUGUUUGACCAACUGCAAAUUGUAUGAUUUACAGUAUUAUUGUAUAGCUGUGAAUAAGGGUUUCUUUCUGGUUUUGUUUUUUUUGGUUCAUGAGGGUAUUGCCUUUGUGUAUAAAAACAAAAACAAAAGACAAAUUAAUGUGUGACAUACUUCAUGAUUAAGAUACAAUUUCUGUUCACACUUCCUCCCUUCAUUAACCUUAUCUUCACUUCUGUUUACUGGUUUUUUAGACUAUGUGGCUCAUUUCUUUAUGUAAUUUGUUUUCUUUGUCAAACACUAUCUUUUAUACUCUUUCGCGUGUUCUGUCCUCAUAACUGUCCUAACACGCAAACGCGAUGAAACCUCUUGAAGGGCAGCUAUGAUGUCUAGUCACAAUGUUGUAUGAAUGCUGUUAGAUUUGAGUAGGGAUUGGAUUUUUAAAAAAGCAACAAAAAAAAAACGCACUCUGUUCCUUUUAAAGAACAUGCAUGCACAAGCCAACAAUUUACCUCUCAAGUGUUUGUUGUUUUCCACAUUGAUAAAAGGUUGGCUGAAGCAUUAAAUUGUAUCUUUUUGCCAAAAAUAACUACCGUUUUUUUUAAAAUAAAAGUUUUAAAAUAAAUGAUUAAAUAAAUGGGAAAUUU